CUGGAGCUGGGCAGGUCUCCAAAGGGGAACCAGCCACAACAAUCCCGCAGUUCAAAGUUAGGCAGUAGUUGCACAACUUCCAGCAACUCUCUCAGCCGGCUACUAAUGAGCUGAAAGCCAGAACAUCUGAGGAGGUGAAGAGGAAGCUUCCACCCUCCUCCCUACACCCAGAAAUCCAGAUACUCUGACCCUUACCCCCAGAUCACUGAGACACGCUCCCUGUUGCUGUGCAGACCAUGGCUCCCUUUGGAAGAAACUUACUGAAAACUCGGCAUAAAAAUAGAUCUCCAACUAAAGACAUGGAUUCAGAAGAGAAGGAAAUUGUGGUUUGGGUUUGCCAAGAGGAGAAGAUUGUCUGUGGGUUAACUAAGCGCACCACCUCUGCUGACGUCAUCCAGGCUUUGCUGGAGGAACACGAGACUACCUUUGGAGAGAAACGUUUUCUUCUAGGGAAGCCCAACGAUUAUUGCAUCAUAGAGAAGUGGAGAGGCUCAGAACGGGUGCUUCCACCACUAACUAGAAUCCUGAAGCUCUGGAAAGCAUGGGGAGAUGAGCAGCCCAACAUGCAAUUUGUUCUAGUUAAAGCAGAUGCUUUCCUUCCCAUUCCCUUGUGGCGGACAGCGGAAGCCAAACUAGUGCAAAAUACAGAAAAACUGUGGGAGCUCAGCCCAGCAAAUUACAUGAAGACAUUACCACCAGAUAAACAAAAAAGAAUAGUCAGAAAAACGUUCCGGAAACUGGCUAAAAUUAAGCAGGACACGGUUUCCCAUGAUCGAGACAAUAUGGAGACGUUAGUUCACCUGAUUAUUUCCCAGGAUCAUACGAUUCAUCAGCAAGUCAAGAGAAUGAAAGAACUGGAUCUGGAAAUUGAAAAAUGUGAGGCUAAGUUCCACCUUGAUCGGGUAGAAAAUAAUGGGGAAAAUUAUGUCCAGGAUGCAUACUUAAUGCCAAGUUCCAGUGAAGGCGAACAGAAGUUAGACUUGGAGUAUGAGGAAAGCCAGAUUCUGGAAGACCUGAGUGAAAGUGAUGGUAUUGUUCAGCUGGAAGAACGACUAAAAUAUUACAGAAUGCUCAUUGAUAAGCUCUCUGCUGAAAUAGAAAAAGAGGUGAAAGAUGUGUGUAUUGAAAUAAAUGAAGAUGCAGAAGGGGCAGCUGCAAGUGAACUGGAAAGUUGUAAUUUAGAAAGCGUUAGGAGUGAUUUAGAAAAGAGCAUGAAAACUGGUUUGAAAAUCCACUCUCAUCUGAGUGGAAUCCAGAAAGAGAUUAAAUACAGUGACUCAUUGCUUCAGAUGAAAGCAAAAGAAUAUGAACUCCUGGCUAAGGAGUUCAAUUCACUUCACGUUAGCAACAAAGAUGGAGACCAGUUAAAGGAUAACAGAGGGAAGGAAUCCGAGGUUGCCAAAGGCAGUGGGGAGGUUCCUCCUUUCACUCAAAGAGUAUUUAGCACAUAUACAAAUGACACAGACUCUGACACUGGGAUCAGCUCUAACCACAGUCAGGACUCAGAAACAACCGUGGGAGAUGUGGUGCUAUUGUCAACAUAAUCUGAGUGGCUUCUUUCUGACCUGUUUUAAUGUCAUUCUUGUUUGUUUAAUUUAAUAGGAAAUUUAAUUUUAAACACAGCUUUUGGGUGUAUAUGUUCAUGUUGAAGCAUUCAGUGGUCAAUAAACACUAAAGAAAUAUGUUGUUUGUUUUUGAUGUAAGAUUUCUGUUUUGUUUUGUUUUGUUUUGCGUUUUUGU